AUGAUUCCCAUGGAUCCAAAACCAUUAUCUGAAGAUAGUACAAAAGGUUUGAAAACGUCGAAAAAUGCCGGCUUAACGAUUCACGAAUCAAAUGCGGUUAUAAAUGAAAGUUUGGAAGGUUUAAAACCAUUCUGGCAGAAUUUGAAAAAUGAGGUCAGAAAGAUUCAUAAAUGUGACAUGACGAUUCCAAACCUCACGAAAGACCUUUAUCAACGUGAGAAGCAGUUAUUAAACAACAAGCUACACGCAAUAAUAACAAAUGCUCGUAUCUAUAAGGUUGCAACAACGCAAACUUCUCCAUCGGGUGAAAUGAUAGUGGCUGAUGAUCCGGAUUCCAGAUCACCGAUAACUGAAGAACGUAUCAUUGAUCUUCUAAACAGACAAGAUUCUCAGUUAUCAAUUGCCCGCAUUUCGGAUCUGAUUAUGCAAAAAUUGACAAUUGCAAAAACUGUUAAAACAGACAUGAAAUUGUUUCGGAGAAACAUGAAGGAUGAGAAAUAUGCAACCGUUUUAGAAAUAACACAGUACAAUUCAUGA